GUCCGUUCCAGUGAAAUCCCUUGCUCCCAUUUCCCGUUGGUGGGGAGAAAACAGACGGUCAAAAACAGACAGGAAAGCGCUUUCUCCUCUCGUCUCGGUUCUGUGGUUUCGCUUGCAACGGUUAAAACCGUCGGUCUUCAAAGGGGUUUUGGUAGGGUUUCUCUAAAUUGGGAAUAUAUAUAUCUCUUCAAUACUUGAAGAUAAGGGGAAGCAGAGCAAUGGGUUCUCUGAAAAGUGGAGUAGAAAGGGAACGAGACGAAGAAGAAGUGGAAGAGCCAAUACUGAUGCAACAGUCCCAGAGAUUUUGUAUGUUUCCCAUCAGAUACACCCAACUCUGGGAGAUGUACAAGAAGGCCGAAGCCAGUUUCUGGACAGCUGAGGAGGUUGAUCUCUCCCAGGAUAUGCGACACUGGGAAACUCUAACAGAUUCUGAGAAACACUUCAUAAGCCAUGUGCUUGCAUUCUUUGCUACAUCUGAUGGGAUUGUCUUGGAGAAUUUGGCAGCAAGAUUUUUAAAUGAUGUCCAAAUUCCAGAGGCUCGAGCAUUUUAUGGAUUUCAAAUAGCAAUGGAGAAUAUUCAUUCUGAGAUGUACAGCUUACUACUGGAGACAUAUAUCAAGGAUUCGAAGGAGAAGCAUCGAUUGUUUAAUGCCAUUGAGAACAUCCCUUGUGUUUCUAGGAAAGCAAAGUGGGCGUUGGAUUGGAUUCAAAGUUCCACUUCUUUCGUGGAGAGACUUGUUGCCUUUGCAUGCGUUGAAGGAAUAUUUUUCUCAGGAAGCUUCUGCGCCAUUUUUUGGCUAAAAAAGAGGGGGCUAAUGCCAGGCUUGACAUUCUCAAAUGAGCUUAUUUCGAGAGACGAGGGGCUCCAUUGUGACUAUGCUUGCCUUCUAUACAGCUUGUUGCGGAAGCAACUACACUGGCAGAAAGUUCAUGACAUUGUUCAUGAAGCUGUUGAGAUAGAGACCCAGUUUGUUUGUGAAGCCCUUCCUUGCGCUUUGAUUGGCAUGAACUCAAAACUCAUGAGCGAGUACAUAAAAUUUGUUGCUGACCGCCUAUUGGUUGCAUUGGGAUGCCAAAGGAAGUACAAUGUUGAAAACCCUUUUGAUUGGAUGGAGUUUAUUUCCUUGCAAGGAAAGGCAAAUUUCUUUGAAAGAAGAGUGGGCGAUUAUCAGAAGGCAUCUGUCAUGUCGGGUCUACAGGGCAGCGGAAAGGAGUACAUCUUCAAGCUGGACGAGGACUUCUAGCAUCAAAGUGUUUCAACUCCCCCAAGUAUUUUGAAGAUGCUGAGAUGCCAAAACUGCAAAUCAAAUUUUGUUACACUAUUCUGCAAGCAAUUUUAAGUUGUCAUUAUGGUCACAAGUGGUCAUGUCAAGCAACUUCAGCUCUCCUUUUGAUGUGAAAUUUUUUGUUAGAAUACUUUUGUCUCUAAGGUGUCAACUUUUAGGCCUUGUCCGGAUUGUGAAGGCAUUUUAUUUUAAUUAUAAAGCAGUUUACCUUGAGGUGGAAUCAUUCUGUUUCCACCCUGUUUA